GCCAGCGUAUAUACGUUCAUAUGUUAGUUGCUGAGGUUUCUUCCUCUCCUCUGCGCAUACAUACAUAUAUAUACACACACACAUAUAUGUGUGUAUGUGUAUAUAUAUAUAGCUGACUACCAUAGUGAACGCCAGAUACAACAAAUUCUGUUAUUCUAAUUCAUUUAUGGUCACUACUUCUCACUUCUGAGCUAUCAGGCCUCUAAUUUGAAGUUAUUUUUGGCGCAGUGUUGUAUUUGCAAUGGACCAAACUUCGUCGACCUCUCGCACAGGCUCCCUUGACAUCAUGGAUGUAGAUAAUGAAGGCAUGGAAAAGGAGAUGGUUUUUGUUGAUAACAAUCACCAUAAAGAUUUGCUGUCAUCUUUAAAUUUGUUACAGAAAAAUGGACAGUUCUGUGAUGUAAAGCUGGUGGUUGGAAAGCAUGAAAUCUCAGCUCAUAAAGCUGUUAUGGCUGCUGUCAGCACUUAUUUUUUCAAUCUGUUUACCACAAAAGAUUCAGAUAAUAUGUAUGAAUUAACUGAUGUUGAUUAUGAAAGUUUCCAGCACUUACUUAACUAUGCCUACACUGGACGACUGCAGCUUCCAGGUGCGGAGGUAAAGACAGUGUACAAGGCAGCCAUGCAAUUCCGGAUUGCUUCAGCAGCCAAGGCCUGCUCUGAUUUCCUGGUGGCUAACCUCUCCCCUUCAAAUUGUCUUGAAAUCAGAUGGUGUGCAGGUGAUAAUGAUCAGUUAAAGACACAAAUAGAUGCUUAUAUACAGAAACAUGUUGCUGAUGUAAUAAACAGUAAUAAGCUGUCUGUUUUACCUCGCAUCCUCAUAGAAAUAGUGGGUGCUGAUGAAACUAUUCUUGGUAACAAAAUUGAUGCUCAUAUAUUUCAUCUGGUAUUCAAUUGGGCUAAAAAUAUGCUUGCUCAAGCUAGAGGCUCUUUCAAUUAUCUCACUGAACAGACACACAUGCUUUAUCUAAACAACAAUCAAACAUUACAAGACUGUGGAUUUUUGGAUGACUCUAGUUUAGAGGAAGAUGAUAUGAUAAAAGACUACAAACUGUUGUCGAAGAAGAAGCAGUUAGCUAAUUGCAAAAAUAAAAUGGAUGCAAGUAAUUUUUCUCCAAAUCAGUUGAGAAAACUUGCUUCUGGUGAUUGUGAAUGGAUUCAGAGUGAACAUGAAUGGUCUUUACUAGCAUCAUACCAAUCAGCAGAGCGUACCUCAGUUGGAAUAACUAUAAUGAAUGGUUCUUUGUCCAUUGUCACCCUCCAUUUAAGACCAUGUCCACCUCAUAGUCCAAGUAGUACAGUAUCUGACCCAGAGUCGCCUACCAAUGUUCCUUCCACUGAUGUUAGUAGACCUGGAUCUAUUGAACGAAACGUCUCCCUUACUCUCCUUGCACAAAUGAGUACAGCACGAUGCAGUUUUGGACUUGCAAUACUCAAUAAAAAUCUUGUUGCUGUUGGUGGUUACGAGAGAGGUGAAUGUUUGAGAAGUGCUGAGAUGUUUAAUAUUCAGGAUAAUGUUUGGACAAGUUUGCCACCAAUGAAAGUUGCACGUGGACGUGUUGCUGUGGCUGUUCUUAACAACAAGCUGUAUGCAUGUGGUGGCUCUGAUGGUCACCAUGAACUGCGGUCUGUAGAAUGCUAUGACACAGAAACUAACAAAUGGUCUUUUGUUGCUGAUAUGCAGACAGAACGCUCAUGUCCUGGUGUUGUUGCACUAAAUAACAAGAUCUAUUGCAUUGGUGGCUGCACUGGUCAACGCUGUAUUGCAGAUUGUGAAGCUUAUGAUCCAGUUACUAACAAAUGGCACAGCAUUGCUUUACUGAAUGAAGGUCAUUUUCAAGCUGCUCUUUGCACUUAUGAUGGUAAAAUCUUUGCUAUUGGUGGUAGCAGCAGUUGGAAUUGCUUGAACUCUGUCAAUGUUUAUGAUCCUAAUACUGACGUUUGGCAAACAUAUAGCUGUCUAAAUACUCCUCGCCGAGGUGCUGGUGCAGACAUUAUUGAAGGCAAAAUCAUGGUUGUUGGAGGCAGUGAUGGUACACGUUCUCUACGCUCUACAGAAGUUUAUGACAAAGAAAAUGACAGUUGGAGUCUUGGCCCUCAACUUGGUAUGGACAGAGCCAAUGUUAGUGUAGUUACACUUGGAAACAAACUUUUUGCUGUUGGUGGUUUUAGUGGCAAGAAAUUUUUAGAUUCCCUUGAAUAUUUUAAUCCGUUGUCAGAAGAAUGGUGCUGUUAUUCUCCAGUUGAAAAUAUCUUUCAACUAUCUUCUAAUGCUGAAGAAUCUAACAAAGAUCAUAAUGAAGUGACAGACUUAAGUAAAAAAGCUCGUAAGAGUCAUUCAAAAGCACAAAAUAAUAAUAUACCAUUAAAUAAUUGUGCUAAUGGAAUUAUUUAGAUGUAUUUUUAAAAAGGAAAGCAUAAUUUUAAAUAUAAUUUCAUUGUAUAACUUCAUCUUCAUUUUAUGACAUUUCUGUUUAGAAUUGUUCUCAAGACACACUUUCAAAACACUCACUUUCAACACACCAAAAAAAAA